CGCCCCCGGCGGGGCUUUGCGCGGCGGUGCAGAGCUCGCGUGGCCGCCCCUGGGCUGGGGGGACGGGGAUGCUCGGCUCAGGUUGUAGCUGAGAAGCGAGCAGGAUGCCCCCCGGCAGUUACUGCCCACUUGAAUUUUGGUCCCAGCAAGCAAACCAGAAUAUUGAAGUGGAUUUCCUCUUACCUACUGGAAUCUAUUUGAGGCUCCCCAUUUCCUGCAAUGCAAGCCUGGGCGUCAUCAAACAGGUGGUCUGGCACCAUGCCCAGUACGAGCCCCUCUUCCAGAUGCUCAGCGACCCAGAGGCCUACGUCUUCACCUGCAUCAACCAGACGGCUGAGCAGCAAGAGCUGGAAGAUGAGCAGCGGCGCCUCUGCGAUAUUCAGCCCUUCCUGCCAGUUUUGCGGCUUGUGGCUCGCGAAGGAGACCGGGUCAAGAAGCUGAUCAACUCUCAGAUCAGUCUCCUGAUCGGCAAAGGUUUGCACGAGUUUGACUCCCUGCGUGAUCCCGAAGUCAACAGUUUUCGUGCCAAAAUGCAGCAGUUCUGUGAAGAGAGAGCAGCCAGACGGCAGCAACUCAGUUGGAAAGCCUGGAUGGAGUACAGCUUUCCUGUGCAAUUGGAACCCUUGGCAAACGGCCUCCGAACCAGCCCCCACCGCGGUCACAACAAGAACAUUUUCAUCAAUGUCAGAUUCGAAUCUGGAGGGGAGAGCUUCACCUUCCAGAUCUCCCUGAAAGAAUUCCCCGUGACGCUCAUCAGCUAUGCCAUCAAGAAGCAAGCCACUGUGUUCCGCCACCAAAGAGUGGAAAACCCCGAGGACUACACUCUGCAAGUAAACGGGAAAUGUGAAUACCUCUAUGGGCACUAUCCCUUGUAUCAGUUCCAGUACAUCUGUGAAUGCCUGCACUGUGGUUCGCUGCCUCACCUCACUGUGGUGCACUCGUCCUCCAUCCUGGCUUUGCGGGAGGAGCAGACCAAUGGAAUCCCUCACCCCCCCAAAGUGAUCACCAAAGCACCUCCAGUCCCCAAGAAAAAGCCAACUUCUACAUCGCUGUGGUCACUAGAUCAACCCUAUUCUAUUGAUUUAUUGCGAGGCUGCAAGGUGAAUGCAGAUGAGCGGAUGAAGCUGGUGGUUCAGGCAGGCCUGUACCACGGCAACGAGAUGCUGUGCAAAAUGGUGUCCAGCUCCGAAGUCAAUGUUUGCUCGGAACCUACGUGGGGUCAGAGGCUGGAAUUCGAGAUCAAUGUCUGCGACCUUCCCCGCAUGGCCCGACUGUGCCUGGCCCUCUAUGCGGUUGUUGAGAAGGCCAAGAAGGCAAGGUCUACCAAGAAGAAGUCCAAGAAAGCCGACUGCCCGAUUGCCUGGGUGAACAUCAUGCUGUUUGACUACCAAGACCAGCUGAAAACGGGGGAAUGUUUCCUCCCCAUGUGGUCCUCCUUCCCAGAUGAGAAAGAUGAGUUGCUGAACCCUAUGGGUACUGUCCAGACCAACCCCAACACGGAGAGUGCAGCAGCUCUGAUCAUCCGCUUCCCUACCGUUGCAUUCUGUCCCGUGUACUAUCCAUGCCUUGAACAGGUGCUGGAAGAGGGAAGAAAAGCACUGUGUCCCCGUUACAUGGUAGAGGAUCCAGAUGAGAAGCAGCAGCUGAAGGAGAUCUUGGAGCGCAGAUCCCACGUGGAGCUCUAUGAGCAUGAGAAGGACUUGGUCUGGAAGAUGAGAUACCAGAUCCGGGACCAGUAUCCAGGAGCCUUGGCAAAGUUGCUGGUUGUAACCAAGUGGAACAAACAUGAAGAUGUAGCUCAGAUGAUCCACUUGCUGCAAACCUGGCCAGAGCUGCCAGUCCUCAAUGCUCUAGAGCUGCUGGAUUUCUGCUUCCCAGACUGCCAUGUGGGCGCCUUCACCGUUAACUCCCUGAAAAAGCUGACGGAUGAUGAAUUGUUCCAGUAUUUGCUGCAGCUGGUCCAGGUGCUGAAGUACGAAUCCUAUUUGGAGUGUGAAUUAGUCAAGUUCCUAUUGGACAGAGCCUUAUCGAAUCGCAAAAUAGGGCACUUUCUCUUCUGGCAUCUCAGAUCAGAAAUGCACGUCCCUUCCGUUGCCUUGAGGUUUGGCCUGAUCCUGGAAGCCUACUGCCGAGGCAGCACCCAUCACAUGAAAGCUCUGAUGAAACAGGGCGAAGCCCUCCACAAGAUGAGGGCCUUGAACGACAUCAUCAAGACGAGUGCCCAGAAGAAUCCCAAACCCCAGACCAAGGAGUUCAUGCAUACCUGUCUGCGGCAAGAGACUUACCUGGAGGCGCUUUCCAACCUCCAGUCCCCUUUGAACCCCAGCAUCAUCCUGUCAAAAGUCAGUGUGGACCUUUGCACUUUCAUGGACUCCAAGAUGAAGCCCCUAUGGAUUGUCUUUAACAAUGAAGAAAUAGGGGGUACCAACGUGGGCAUCAUUUUCAAGAAUGGAGACGAUCUCCGCCAGGACAUGUUGACCCUGCAGAUGAUUCAUCUGAUGGACAUUUUGUGGAAGAAAGAGGGCCUCGAUUUGAGGAUGUCCCCAUACGGCUGCCUCUCUACCGGAGACAAGACAGGGCUGAUUGAAGUGAUCAUGCACUCGGACACCAUUGCCAACAUCCAGCUCAACAAGAGCAACAUGGCGGCCACCGCUGCCUUCAACAAGGAUGCCUUACUGAACUGGCUGAAAUCCAAGAAUCCUGGCGAUGCGCUGGAACAUGCCAUCGAAGAGUUCACGCUGUCAUGCGCUGGCUACUGUGUGGCCACAUAUGUACUGGGGAUCGGCGACCGCCACAGCGACAAUAUCAUGAUCCGAGAGAACGGCCAGCUGUUCCAUAUUGAUUUUGGUCACUUUCUGGGCAACUUCAAGACCAAAUUUGGAAUCAACCGUGAACGAGUCCCUUUCAUCUUGACUUACGACUUUGUCCAUGUGAUCCAGCAAGGGAAAACGAACAACAGUGAGAAAUUUGAACGCUUCCGAGGCUACUGUGAGCAGGCGUACAUGAUCCUCCGCUGCCACGGCCUCCUCUUCCUGCAUCUCUUUGCACUGAUGAAAGCAGCCGGCCUGCCAGAACUCAGCUGCUCCAAAGACAUCCAAUACCUCAAGGACUCACUGGCUCUAGGGAAAGCAGACGAAGAAGCAAGGAAGCAAUUCCACCUCAAGUUCAACGAGGCCCUGCGAGAGAGUUGGAAGACCAAGGUGAAUUGGCUGGCACACAACGUCUCCAAGGACAACAGGCAGUAGGGCCGCUGCAGUGAGAAACGGGAUCCCCACCUCCUCUACUCGCUCCAAGCGAGUCCGAGGCAGAGCUGUCGCCUGUAGCAGCGAGCACCAUGGCUGCAUCAUCCAGCCCCCAGGCACUGCAAAGGCGAGGUGGAAAGUCUUACUGUCCGGCCUAUUCCUUGUGGCCCUGGCAGGGGGGCAUUUUGCAUUCAGUCAGAGCCCACUAACAGAAUGGCAAAUGAUCUUCCUGGCUGCAAGGAAAGCUGCCUGUGCAACUGGUUAGCACAAUUCUGUAGCAGCGUAGGACUCUGUGUUUGUGCGUGUGUGUAAAAUAAGCACCUGUUCGCUGGUUGAACAGAACCCUUCAGCAAGGAGGGCUGCCUCAAAAAAAGAGCUGAGCUCUUUAGGAAAAGUUUAGAGGUGUUGUCCUUCUGUUUGUUCUCAGAAAUGCACUCUGCUUUUGUAUGCUAGGACCUCAAGGAUCCCCGUAAGAAAAAUACUGUUCAAGGCCAAUGCUGUGCAGAAGCAAGGCAGAUUGCCUUUGAACUGCAUGGGUAUCGGAAGGAUUCAUGUGUUCAGGAGACCUAAAAAAACCCCUAAUAUCCUAGUGAAGCCCAGUUUCUUCCCUGUUCUCUCCUGACUGCUUUGGACUUCACUGGGAGAAGAAAAGGGUCCCCUCCCCCUGUUUAGCAUCAGGCUGCCAUUGAUCUGUUUUAAUGCUAUCAUGCGCUUCUAGUAAAAGAUGGCCAGAGCGGCUUCUCUUGCCUGUUUGGUAACUCAGUUGGCGGUCCUUUUAGAUAAGGUAACCAGCAAGGCGCUUGAAUUUUCUGAGUCAGGAUGCUAAGUUACCUGGUGCCUCAGCCUUGGAGGGGACAGCUGAGCUUAUUCUACUUUUGAAAAAAAAACUUCACAUGGUUCUGUUCCUGAACCCCAAAUGCUAUACCCUGACUGCUUCUUGAACGAAUGGCAUUUUACCCCUCUUGUGGCUCUGGGACUUUGGCCAGUUUUGGCCAAAGCAAAAGGAGUGAUGCUUUCUUCUCCUGCAGUCCCCCAUAAAUGGUCAGGUUGGUUUUUUUUCCCUACAGCCAUGGCUGUAGUUGCUGAGUAUGGCAACCAGUGGACACAUGGGACAAAAUACUUGUGUGCGACACCAAGGCCUGCUGGUUGCAAUGCUACAAGGACCAGUGUAUAUAAGUUGUUUCUCUACAGCAAGCAUGGAGCACUUCCAACCCUUUAGGCGAACCCCUCAGACCAAGAACUGUAGUUUCAUAACGGGGUGGAGAACACUGGGAGAGGGCCCCAUCUGGCCAGUGUUUCUUCUACAGGGUGGAGUUGGGAACUAACUACAGGAGUUAGAACUGGUUUACAGGCUGGGUCUCUGACUGGACCCCGAAAACAUUCUCUAAGAUUCAGCCCAGCAUGAUCUCUUUCUUGCAGGUCUGAAAAGACUAACAGUGCAAUCCUAUGCAGAGUUACACAAGUCUAAGCCCAUUGAUUUCAGUCACUCUGCAUAGGAUUGCACUGUAAGUCUUGGUGCUCCAUGUUUUAAGAGCAAAUAGUUACAGCUCAGCUCCCAGGGAAGCGUGCGAAGUUUCUGCACAUUUUUUUAAAAAAAUUCCACCCUACAACUUUGCAUCCAUCCCCGGACAAAAGAAAGAGGACAUUAUCCCAAGCUGGAGAGAGACUUCACAGGGAAGAUCAAAACUAUCACCCAUUCCUGCCUCCAGCAAUAUUAUAUGGUCAGAAUCAAUGUAAUUUUAUAUACUCUCGUAACUGUAAAGAAAUAACUACUGUGGUACUACCUGUGAGUCAGUUCUGCAUUUCUUUGUUUUGUUCACGAUGUUGGUGUUUAAGCCGCAUCAUUGCUUUUCUAAAGAAAAAAAUGUUUACAUUCUACUCCAAGUGCUUCUUGGAGUUAAAAUAAAAGCAGUUUUGUUAA